CUCCGGUCCGCCCCGUGGCGCUGUGGUCACACCGGAAGUUCUCCACUACACUUCCGGUUGGCUACACGCGGGUUCGUGAAACGUAAAAAUUACGAUCCACAAGCUUCACUAUCUGCGUCUGUUUUUAAAACUCUUUCUACCAAGAUGAGCAAGGCGCAUCCACCAGAGCUGAAGAAGUUCAUGGAUAAAAAGCUUUCAUUGAAGCUGAACGGAGGCCGUCAUGUGCAGGGCAUCCUGCGAGGGUUCGACCCCUUCAUGAACCUGGUGGUGGACGACUGCCUGGAGAUGGGCCCGGGAGGCCAGCAGAACACCAUCGGCAUGGUGGUCAUUAGAGGAAACAGCAUCAUCAUGCUGGAGGCAUUGGAGCGAGUAUGAGUGGACAUGACCGCAAUCCACUACUCUUUUUUACAUUGUCAUCUUUUGUAGUUCCUUCUUGGAGUUCUAAACUGAUUUAAUUUUGCAAAGAUAUGUUGUUUGGAUUUCCGUGACAUUGUUAAUAAAUAUGAUUUUUCCGA